AUGAUAUGGUUCUCUUCGUUUCGACAAAGGCCGCAGGGUCAGACAAGUAAGGAAAGUCGAGAUCAAUUUGAUGGAUGUCCAUUCACCAUUCGCCAAUUGAACAGGACCACGUAUUUGAUUCGUGAGAACGAUCGUUUCGGCGAGAAACCCCACAUCUACGUAAAGAAGCACACAGAGACCCUCCCAGGCGGACAGACAGCAAGCGUUCUCAUCGUGAACGACACAGGAUGUGGAACAUCUGCUCCAGACAACACUUCUAAAUCUCGAGAGUGGAAUAUCUCAACCUUCAUCGACCACCACCUCAACGCAACCGGCGACACCCUCUACCUCAUCAUCCUCUCCCAUUGCCACUAUGACCACAUCCUCGGCCUCUCACCCAUCCUGCGCCCAGCAAAAGCCUUGGGCGAACCCCAAUCAUCCCACGUACUCAUCGCAUCAUCAUCCCACGCCCGCUCCUUCCUCGAGCCGCGUGCAAAUCUGCGCGAACACUCACUAUGCAACUCCAUGGGCCUGCACUGCCCCUCCUACAAUACCACCAUCUGGACACCGCACAACCAGCGCCUCACUAUCUCUCACCCCAGACUCGGCCUUCAGAUGCAUCUUCCUGUCACGACGUUGCAUACCCCCGGCCACACCCCUGAUGGUCUGAGUUGGUACGAUGAGGAAGAACGAGCGUUGUAUGUCGGCGAUUCGUUCUAUGAAGCCCCUGCACCCAUUCUUUUCCCGAACGAAGGGAACUUGUCAGACUGGUGGCGCAGUGUCAACACCCUCAUCUCAUUCGUGAACGAGAAUAAUAAGGAGAAGGGUGUGAGUAGGGUUACGCUGUCGGCAGGGCAUGUAACGGUUGGUGUGGAUGCGAUGGAUUGUUUAAUGGACGUGAGGGAGUUUGUGAAGAGGGUGUUGAGGGACGAGGUCAGAUUUACAAAGCAGCCGGCGAAGAGGGGGGAGCGGUUUGGUUUUUGGUCUGAAGAGGGAGGGCGCUUUAGCCUUGGGGCGCCAUUGAAAGUUAUGGAGGAGGGGAGGGCCGGGAUACCGGGGGAGGAGUGGAGGAAGAGCGUGUAG